ACUAAAGCACUCAAGAAAAACAAACUAAAGAAAGAGAGAGAAGAUCAGUGCUACCUCUUUGAAGCAAAGAAAGUGGUGGUAAAAUUGGUGGCGCCACCUUCAUGGUGCCCAAAAUGGAGAGGCAUUUUUGGCCUCAGCUAGCCUUUGCGGCCAUUGUAUGCUUCCUGGCAACAAAUGUAGUGGCUAAAAAGCCGGAGCCAUAUUAUUAUUAUUAUUCUCCACCCCCACCUUACCUAUACACCUCACCACCACCACCAUCGCCGUCACCACCUCCUCCUUAUGUCUACAACUCUCCACCACCUCCAUAUGUCUACAACUCUCCACCUCCCCCUUCUCCAUCGCCGCCACCUCCUUAUGCGUACAAGUCUCCACCACCACCUUCACCAUCUCCGCCACCUCCUUAUGUCUAUAAGUCACCUCCCCCACCAUCACCAUCACUGCCACCUCCAUAUAUCUACAAGUCGCCACCGCCACCUUCGCCAUCUCCACCUCCUCCUUACAUCUAUAAGUCACCACCACCACCUUCACCGUCACCCCCACCUCCAUAUGUCUACAAAUCUCCUCCACCGCCAUCACCAUCACCACCACCUCCUUACGUGUACAAGUCACCACCUCCCCCAUCGCCUUCACCACCUCCUCCAUAUGUCUACAAGUCUCCACCACCUUCACCAUCACCACCCCCUCCUUAUGUCUAUAAGUCACCACCACCACCAUCGCCAUCACCGCCACCUCCUUACAUCUACAAAUCACCUCCACCACCAUCACCAUCACCACCUCCUCCAUAUGUAUACAAAUCUCCUCCUCCACCUUCACCAUCACCACCACCUCCUUAUGUCUACAAGUCUCCUCCCCCACCAUCUCCAUCUCCUCCUCCUCCUUAUGUGUAUAAAUCUCCCCCACCACCUUCACCUUCUCCACCACCUCCUUAUGUAUAUAAGUCUCCACCACCACCAUCGCCAUCGCCACCUCCUCCAUAUGUAUACAAGUCUCCACCUCCACCAUCACCAUCUCCACCACCCCCAUAUGUAUACAAAUCUCCACCUCCACCAUCGCCAUCUCCUCCACCUCCAUAUGUUUAUAAGUCUCCACCACCACCAUCUCCUUCACCACCUCCUCCUUAUGUCUACAAGUCUCCCCCACCACCAUCACCUUCACCACCACCUCCAUAUGUCUAUAAGUCUCCUCCUCCUCCAUCACCAACGCCUCCACCUCCGUAUGUCUACAAGUCACCACCUCCUUACAUUUACAAGUCCCCGCCACCACCCUCACCAUCAUCACCUAGUCCAUAUGUAUACAAGUCUCCACCCCCACCGUCGCCAUCUCCACCACCUCCAUAUGUCUAUAAGUCUCCACCACCACCAUCUCCAUCACCACCCCCUCCCUAUGUCUACAAGUCUCCCCCACCACCAUCACCUUCACCACCACCUCCUUAUGUUUAUAAAUCUCCUCCACCUCCAUCGCCAUCACCACCGCCUCCUUAUAUCUACAAGUCUCCACCUCCCCCUUCACCAUCUCCACCACCUCCUUACAUUUACAAGUCCCCUCCACCACCAUCACCAUCGCCACCUCAGCCUUAUGUGUACAAGUCUCCACCACCCCCAUCACCAUCCCCUCCUCCUCCCUAUGUCUACAAGUCUCCUCCACCACCCUCUAAAUCACCCCCAGAUCCAUAUUACUACAAAUCUCCACCACCACCAACCACUGUCUACUAGUUGAAGUAACGACAAUGCUUUGCAGUCAAUUAUAUUAUUGAAAUAAUGGACACCAAUUGAAAUUCGAGUUGAUUAUUUCGAUUCGGCAAUAAUGAGGAUUGGAGAAAGAUCCUUCUUGAGAUCUAAAGAAAUAUACAUACUACUGGAAUUUGUUAAAGGAUUUGGUCCAUGAGGCCACAUGAUUGUUUUUAUUUUCAUGGCUCUUAUAGGCCGCGCACUUCCUACUUCAAUCUCAAUAAAUCUAGUUGAAUUAUUUUUUCAUUAAUGAAAUUUGUGCUCUUAUUCGUGUC